AAUAAAAUAAAUAGACGGAGAUGAGCGGGAAUGAAAAUGGGCGGCGUUGCUGGUGAAAAUGCCGUUCAGAAAGAUUGAGAUCGAUGGCCUUGCGUCAUGCUAGCGUGUAAUGAAGUGCAAUGGUAAUGCCUGCCACUGCAUGCAGGCAAUAACGCAUUCGUUUUAAUACACCAUUUAGCGAUACUGAGGUGCGUGAAAUUGCAUUGCAGCGUUUUAAUCACUGGAAGCUAUUUUUAGUUCCGUGCCAUUUUGAUUCAAAACCCCAGUGGCUUGUUGUGAUGAAGGUGCUGGCAGCUAUUUGCUUGAAGUGCUAUAAAAACCACAACCUCAAAUGUAGAUUGCUCAGUGUCAGUAGGCUUUUCAGAUAUUGAAACAGCCAAACAGUUAUGUUUAUCGAAAAUGACAGGUAAUGUAUUUAUGCUAUAAAUUAUAAUAUAAAAUUCUUUCUUGGCAAUAGCCCAACCAAAGCAAUCAAUCAACAAUUUACUUAUUAACGUUGCCUUAUGGUGUUGGAAGCAGGGCUAAGCACUAUGACAUUAUUAUUAAAAGAUUCAUAGUUUUAGCCUCUUUCUAAUGAGACCAAACGUGUUAGGAGGUCAUUCAGCUCAACUAUUGAAUAUCUAGUUCAAAAAUGGAAGUUUACUGCUGCUUCUAACAACAGAGGGGAUAAUGGUAGACAAAUAAUUGUUAAAUCCAGCCAGUAGUAAUGUCCAUCUUCAAAAUAUUUUCCGUGUAACGAAACCAAAUCGCACCAUGUUGGUUUCCACCUGAAAAUGGAACUGCUCUAAAAAUGUAAAUUCCAGAUUCGGAACAGAACUUGAUAAAAGACUAUCCACCAGCCUAUUUUUUUGGAAACCAACAGGUCUUCACUGAUGCAGUGCCUUCUUCCUGAUUCAUUUAUCUCCUUAACAAAAGUGUAUAAAUGCAAAAAGUCACUUGGUUGUCUCAUUGAGCAGAAGAUGCGAUGGUGUUGGUUUCAAUGUUGUGUGGAGAUUCGCCUCUCUGUUUGAUUCCAGAAAUGGUGAACCUGGACAGCUAUGACAGCGAGGGACCCCACACCCCUGAGACUGACGACUCUGCGGAGGGCAAGACAAGAGCCAAAAAGCCUCCCAGUGAAACAGACUUUCAGACCAUCAAGCUGAUCAGUAAUGGAGCGUACGGUGCCGUGUACCUGGUGCGGCACAGGGAGACCCGGCAGCGCUUCGCCAUGAAGAAGAUCAACAAGCAGAACCUGAUCCUGCGCAACCAGAUCCAGCAGGCCUUCGUGGAGCGCGACAUCCUCACCUUCGCCGAGAACCCCUUCGUGGUCAGCAUGUUCUGCUCCUUCGAGACGCGCCGCCACCUCUGCAUGGUCAUGGAGUACGUGGAGGGGGGAGACUGUGCCACUCUUCUGAAGAACAUCGGGGCUCUGCCAGUGGAGAUGGCACGCAUGUAUUUUGCGGAGACCGUGCUGGCGCUGGAGUACCUGCAUAACUACGGCAUUGUGCACCGGGACCUCAAGCCUGACAAUCUGCUGAUCACCUCCAUGGGGCACAUUAAGCUGACGGACUUUGGCCUGUCCAAGAUGGGUCUGAUGAGCCUGACCACCAACCUGUACGAGGGACACAUAGAGAAGGACGCCCGCGAGUUCCUGGACAAGCAGGUGUGCGGCACGCCGGAGUACAUCGCCCCGGAGGUGAUCCUGCGGCAGGGCUACGGGAAGCCGGUGGACUGGUGGGCCAUGGGCAUCAUCCUGUACGAGUUCCUGGUGGGCUGCGUGCCCUUCUUUGGGGACACGCCAGAGGAGCUCUUCGGCCAGGUCAUCACAGACGACAUCGCUUGGCCGGUUGGUGACGAUGCACUUCCUGCAGACGCGCAGAGCCUGAUCUCCGCCCUGCUGCAGACCAAUCCGCUGAUGCGCCUGGGCACAGGUGGAGCCUUUGAAGUGAAGCAGCACUCGUUCUUCACUGAGCUGGACUGGAACAGCCUCCUGAGGCAGAAAGCAGAGUUCAUUCCGCAUCUUGAGUCGGAGGAGGACACCAGCUACUUUGACACGCGGUCGGAGCGCUACCACCACAUAAACUCGUACGACGAGGACGACACCAACGACGACGAGCCCGUGGAGAUCCGGCAGUUCUCCUCCUGCUCCCCUCGCUUCAGCAAGGUGUACAGCAGCAUGGAGCACCUGUCCCAGCUGGAACAGAAGCCCCCCUCGGUCACCAGGAGGGGAAACAAGGCCCACAGGGAGGACAAGGUGACCAAGAGGGAGAGCCUCGGCAGCCUCACCAUGCGGGACAAGAGCUGGAGGACGGGGUCCCCCGAAAUGAAGCGCCUGUCUUGCUCCGAGUCCUUGUACAUGGAGGGGGACUCCAGCCCCCCCUUGGGGGCCCGCCGGAGGUUCUCCGCCCUGAUGGACACGCACCGCUUCGCAUCACCACUGGAGGGCGACCAAGAGUUCGCUCCCCGCCAGCCCCCGAUGAAGGCCAGAGGGGCCUCCUUCGAGGGGGCGUCAAUGCCAACGUCUGCCCCAGUGGAACAGAAAACUCCCCCAAAGGAGGGCAACGGGGCAACUGCAGGAGACAAGCCUCUUCGGCCGGGUGAGGCAGCAGGGGCAGUGAACGUGGGCCCUCCUGCUGCUGCUGGUGCUGCCGCUCUGGGGAUAACCAGGGACACGGUCACCCCUGACCCCCUGGGGCUGCGGGCCACCAACGACCUGGUCCUGCGCCGGGCGCGGCACCAGCAGCUGUCCGGCGAGAGCGAGAAGCGCAGCCCGCGCGCUGGCACCAAGGUCAUCAAGUCGGCCUCCGCCACGGCGCUGUCCGUCAUCAUCCCUGCAGUGGAGCAGCACGGGAGCUCCCCAUUGGCCAGUCCCAUGUCGCCCCGCUCUCUGUCCUCCAAUCCGUCGUCGCGGGACUCGUCCCCCAGCCGGGACUACUGCCCGGCGGUGAGCGUCCUGCGCUCCCCCAUCACCAUCCACCGCUCCGGCAAGAAGUACGGCUUCACCCUGCGCGCCAUCCGCGUCUACAUGGGCGACAGCGACGUCUACAGCGUGCACCACAUCGUCUGGCACGUGGAGGACGGAGGUCCCGCCCAGGAGGCGGGGCUGUGUGCCGGUGACCUCAUCACCCAUGUGAACGGCGAGGCUGUUCAUGGAUUGGUCCACACAGAGGUGGUGGAGCUCAUUCUGAAGAGUGGCAACAAGGUGACAGUGACCACCACGCCCUUUGAGAACACCUCUAUCAAAAUCGGUCCGGCGCGCAAGUCCAGCUACAAGUCAAAGAUGGCCCGGCGUAACAAGAGGACAAUAGCAAAGGAGGGCCAGGAGAGCAGUAAGAAGCGCAGCUCUCUAUUCCGGAAAAUCACCAAGCAGUCCAACCUGCUGCACACCAGUCGCAGCCUCUCCUCCCUCAACCGCUCUCUCUCCUCCAGUGAAAGCCUGCCCGGGUCGCCCACCCACAGCCUGUCGGCCCGCUCCCCCACCCAGAGCUACCGCUCCACCCCGGACUCCUCCUACCUCGGCGCUUCGUCUCAGAGCAGCUCCCCGGCGUCCAGCACGCCCAACUCCCCCGCCGCGUCGCAGCACAUGCGCCCCAGCUCCCUGCACGGCCUGUCGCCCAAGCUGCACCGGCAGUACCGCUCGGCGCGCUGCAAGUCCGCCGGCAACAUCCCGCUGUCGCCGCUGGCGCACACGCCCUCGCCCACGCAGUCCUCGCCGCCGCCGCUGCCCGGCCACACGGUGGGCAGCUCCAACACCACGCAGACCUUCCCCGCCAAGCUGCACUCGUCGCCGCCGGUGGUGCGGCCGCGGCCCAAGAGCGCCGAGCCGCCGCGCUCGCCGCUGCUCAAGCGCGUGCAGUCGGCCGAGAAGCUGGGCUCGCCGCUGUCUGCCCAGGACAAGAAGGGGGCGGGCGGUGCCGGGGGCGUGGCCAUGCGCAAGCACAGCCUGGAGGUGUCGCACUCCGAGUACCGCAAGGACUCCUUCCACAGCGAGCUGGGCCUGCAGAGCCUGCUGGAGACGGAGGGCGAGAACCUGCCCCCCCACACCCCCUCCUGCCCCUCCCCCACGUCCUGCGAAACGGGCGUGCUGAAGCCGGCCCGGAAGCUGGGGCGGCAGGAGUCGCCCCUCAGCCGGGACGCCCUGCUGGCCGGGAGGGAUCGCUUCGACCACGCUGCGGAGGGCGGCUUCGGCGACAGGGUCGGGGGGGCGGGCCCGGCGCUGUCACUCACCAAGGAGGGCACCGCCCUCGGCCAGCCAGUGGCUACCAAAUCCCCGCUGGCAGAGCCGCCCAGGGCCAAAGAAGAGACCCCCCUGUCCGGUCCGGCCCCGCCCACCCAAUUUACGGCCCACAGACCCGCCCCUGUGGUCCGGUCUCCAGAUCUCAAAGACCUCGCUGUCCCCUCUGUGGAGAAAUCCAGCGCCGGCUGCGGCCCCAGGACACCGGAGAAGAGCCCCGCGCAGGGGGAGGGGCUCGGCCCGGCGGAGAGGGACAGGAAGCCGCUGGGGGCCCAGGCAGAGAGCGGCUCCAGGGGCCCGGAGAGGGAAGGGCAGAAAGAGCCGCAGCAGGAAGCCGAGAGGCGGGCGGGGCCUGCCAGAGCCGGCCCGCAGUGGGAGGCGGCUGGGAGGCGGGGCUUGGGCCCGGACCGGCCCGCGGGUCCCACGGUGACGCCUGCGGAAGCUCCCAGGACCGGCAGGGGACCGGACCUGGGGGGCGACAUUAGGAAAGGAGCGCUGGCCUGCAGUUACAGGACUCCGGACGCCAGGGCCAAAAGCUCCACAGCGCCGGUCCCCCUCCCCGGGCUGGCAGCGGGCAAGUCCAGGCAGGACAAGGGCCUGGCGCCGGUGAACUGCUACCGAGGAGCGCUGGACUGGGAGGAGAAGUGCCUCCUGGAGGUGGUGGAGGAGCACUCGCCCUCCCCGACCCCCUCCCCCACCGCGGCGUCCCCCGGCCCCGCCAAGUCGCAGCCUGUCUCCCCGGGCGACAAGUCCAGCUUUGUCACGCAGCUCACCAGCGUGGCCAAAACUGUGCUGGGGCCCAUCAAGGGGGGCUCCCAGGAGGGGCUCAAGGGGAAGGACGGCCCCAAGGCAGCGGACGAGAGGAUGGGCAGCUCGGCGGGAAAGUCAGAGCCCCCCCCGCCUGGGAAUCGCCAGACCCCCCCACCCCCCUCCGCUGGGCCGGCCGUCUGCACUCCACCUGAGAAGACAGAGGCGACUCACAAGCACCACUCCUGAUUGCGUCAGAAGGUGGGGAGGGGAGGGGAGGGGAGGAGGGGGGCUGUGAGCUGGGGAUGACUUGCAUUUUUGUGAGUUUGAGAACGUUGCACAAUUCCAGGCACUUAAAGGAACAUUCCAGCCAUGAGAGAAAAGACAUGACACGCGUCGGAGAAACAUACUCGGAGAAAGUGUAUAGAUUAAAAUAGACGAGUAAAACAAUUGUAAAGGUGCUUCAACAGCUGUUUUCAAUUGUGUACAUACAAGGUGUUUCCUCCACCAUAUAUUAUAUAAACAUAUAAAUAUAAAGCAGAUAUCUGUGUGAACGCAUGUUGAAUAUUGUCUGUACAUAUCAAUAUUCUAAAAAUGAGGAAAAAAGUGCUUUACUGAACUACAAAUGCUGAAUACUGUGAACACCAAAUCCGGUCACUCCAGUUAACAUCCUGUGAACACCUGUGUUUCUGUCUUGUUAUUAAGGAAGUAGCAGAGAGGUGGAAGUGGCAUAUCUGUGGUUGCAGAAAUUAUGUUAUUCUGCAGGAAAAAAAAUCCAUUGUUAAGCAUCCUGUACUUUGUGGAAAACAAAAUACGGAUUAGAAAUGUGUGUCUCACUUGUGUUGAUGGUCCCAUUUUACAUUUGUGGAGUUAAACUGGAAGGCAGCGACUGUCUUUAAAUUACCUCCUUGGCCUCUGUUCCAUGAAAAAGCCUGCGCGAAUGGUUUUUUUUUUGUGUGUGCCUAGCAGAGGUGAGCUCUUUGGUGUCCCAGAUCUUGGAGGAUUGCAGUGGAGUGGAUUUGACAGGCUUCGUUAUGAAUUAGGCUACGCCUGCUAGCUCCGCGUAGCGUUCUCCGCUCCCCGGCGCGUGGGAGAGUCUGCACAUUAGCGAAGCGGCGGCGGGGUCUUGCGGGAAACGUCGCGCACGGACGUCGGCCCUUUUUUUGCAGUUGGCCUGUCCCUCUGCCCCGUGCCUCGGCGACCGUGAAAAGGCGGAAUCCGGCACCGCGGAUCCGGCAGCGGAGGGACACACGGCGCGGUCACGUGCAUGCGAAUCGGCUCUCGUGUACUCAGGGACGGCAGAUACCUUCCCGGGUCCUGGGCAGUGCUUCUCCGCCAUAUCGUCUGGCAGACCUUUAGCUCAGUCGACUUCGUGACUCCCGAGUUUUCCCGAGUGGUCUUCGUUGUGCCGCUUCACAUACAAUUGAGGAGUUUAACUUGAAAGGAAAUAUUUCUCUGCUCUGUAGCGCCUUUUGAAUACGAUACGCGAAGGCUGAAGAUGCGACCUUGUUUGAAGGAGACGAGCUCACAAGAACGUGCGCUGUGUGGAUACAGCGGCAAGAAGCCCUCUUUUGUUCUGUUGACUCAUUCAGACUUCUGGCCAAGGGAAAAUCGCAUCUGUAGGCUUGUGCUUAAAUUCUGAGUGAGAUUGUUAAUAAACACAUUUAAGGGCUGGAUCUUGAAGUAAAGGCAAAUUCUGACUGUUGUUCAUGUCGAUCUGUCUGGUGUGGCAGAAAGGCGCCAUGCACUGCUGUUACUCUGUUUAGAAAGAGAGCCUACUUCCUCACCAUUAGCGGCUCUCUUGCAAUGCAUUUCCAUUUUCCGCACUUACAGUUUUACACAAGACUGGACGAGGACCCCAAAGGUAUCUGAUAAAGACAGAGAGAUGUGUUGUGUUGCUGUGAAUCAUCUGUGGCAACCCACACAAUUUAAUGGUUUCAGAGUAAUUUUGAAUUGAUAACAGUAGUUCAGUUUCCAGUAGAGUCAUUUAUAUGAGUGUAUGUGUCUUAUAUUCAUAAAACAUUAGCCACAAAAGUGUCUUUGUUUCCCAGAUCCCCAUCAUAACAGAUCUGUUAAAAAAAAAAAAAGACUGGCUAAGAACUGUUUCAAUGAAAUCAAUGUCAGAUUCCAAAAAAAAAAAAGAUUUUCAAAAAUGUUCUGGAUCACUGUGCAAGACCUCCAUCCUGAUCAAAUGUGUGGUCUUUCUCACAAGUGUAGACAUGCACACAUGCACACUUUGUAUGCAAAUACUCAGCAGUGUCAAAUACAAUGUCUGAAAGGUAGAAGUGUCAGUGUUGUAAUUGUGUUAUACAGUUUUGUUUACAAUGUAGGAAGGAGAAACGAGAGCAGGCUAAUAUAUGACUUCUGAGAGGUCAUUGACAGCAUCUCAGUUUUGUGUUGGGGAAUUUAUUUCUUGCAUUUUCUAGACCAUGGUUCCCUCUAGUGGUAAUUAUACUCUCUGCAAAACAUACCCUCUGAAAUGUUACAACCAACAACCAACAUUCUAUGAACAAGUUGACAACAUGAUUAAUCAAAGUAGACCAGCAGUGCUUUAUUUUUUAUUUUUUAGUGACACAGUUAUCUCACCAUUGCCAAGGAGCACCUUAACGUAGCAUCACAGACAUUUAACAAGACUAAUGUGUUGCCUGUGUGUUCAUUUGCUUCUGUACUUAUUUAUCUGUUUGACAGCUCUUUUUUCUCAUGUGGUGUAUGUGUGUGUGUGUAUGUGUGUGUUGCAUAAGUUGGAAAGAUUAAACACAUUGCAUUUAUUUUACACCAUUAAAGUGUAUUUACUGUGAUGUUGACGCAAUUUCUGAACAGCUUUUCAUUUCAAAAUGACAGCCGGAAUAAUAAUUUGAUUUACUUCAUUUUUUCUUCUAAAAUAGUGAAAAGAUAUGGCAGAAAAACAUGAUCCAAGGCAUAACCAAGAAAACAGCCUCUUCAUAAAAUAUUUUUUAUGUAUUUGAAUUGAUAUUAGAGAAUCUUUUUUUCAUAAAGUUAAUUAAGACAACUCCAUCUGCAAAAAUUUUCGUUGCUGAAUUUGAAGACCAUUUGAAUGUGCAAUGUCCACUCAUUAAACCUAGCUGAAAGGACGGUGGUGCGACUGGUUGAUUCAAUUGCUGUUCGUGUGGCACAAGAUAACGGGAAUUCAACAUUUUUGGUCACAACAUUGUUUUAUUGCUUGUCAGAUAUUAGUACCCUGUAUCAUAUUCUUACACAUGCACACGUAAAUUAAUUAAAAUAUGGGUGUUACAGAGUAGUACAGUCAGUAAACUGUGUUGUGAGAAGAAAAAAAAGUGCUCACUUUUGAAGAAAAUAUGGUGCCCACUUUUCAGUGUGUUCAUAUUUUGCAAGCAGGUUUUCCUAGUCUAUGCUUGAAUAACGUUAUGUGGUAGUCAGGUGUAUGUGGUGAUGGCGGAGUGUACUCAUUGUCAUAGUUUAAUUUUUAGAAAUCAUCAAUUUUAAAAUGCACUUUAUUUUAAGUCAUAUUUUAUUUAUAUGUAUGAGGUUUGUUUGUAUAUGUAUGUAUUAUCUGGGCGAAAACAAUAUAUAUAUAAAUAUAUACAUAUUUAUUAUUGCAAUCAUUGAGAACGACUAACAAGUCUAUCAACUUGUGCAGUCCCACUUACUUCAGUAUUGCACUGUGGGUUGCAGUACUAAUUGUAUUGUGUAAGUAUGACUUUUUAUCUUUAUUUUUUAAUCUAUAUUUAUUUGUUCAUUUGUUUUCUGGGACACUUUUGUUGUGAUCAGAUGUGAUUUUGAUGCAGACGACACCUGAAGUGCAGUACGUGUAAUAAAAUCCAGAGAAAUUAUGAA